AAAAGGUUGGUCGUAUGUAAGAAAGAGAUCCUUCCCGUGACUUGACCAACGACGAAGCAACUUCCGAUCGGCUUUUCGGACUGGAGAUCCCAGCGAAGAUAUCACGAAGAAUAACUCAAAUUCUCUCCACGAGGGAGGAAAAAAAAUGGAUUAUCUAGGGAUUGAUUUGAGCUGCGCGAUCGGAUCCCUCCGGAACGGUGAAUUCCCGGAGAAAGAUUGUCUUCUCCCUCUAAUUUCCAAGCUUCUCGGUUACUUCCUCGUCGCUGCUUCCAUCACCGUCAAGCUCCCUCAGAUAAUGAAAAUCGUGCAACAUAAGAGCGUACGAGGCCUAAGUGUUGUGGCAUUUGAGCUGGAGGUGGUUGGUUAUACAAUCUCUCUUGCGUAUUGUCUUCACAAAGGUCUUCCCUUUUCGGCUUUUGGUGAAAUGGCGUUUCUUUUGAUCCAAGCUUUAAUCUUGGUUGCUUGUAUCUAUUAUUUUUCUCAACCAGUCUCUAUGACAACUUGGGUCAGAGCACUCCUAUAUUGUUCUGUAGCACCAACUGUGCUUGCUGGGCAGAUUAAUCCUACGCUUUUCGACGCUCUUUAUGCUUCACAGCAUGCGAUAUUUCUCUUUGCAAGACUCCCUCAGAUAUGGAAGAACUUCAAAAACAAAAGCACCGGAGAACUUAGUUUCUUAACUUUCUUCAUGAACUUCGCUGGAUCCAUCGUGAGAGUUUUCACCAGCAUCCAAGAAAACGCCCCGCUUAGCAUUCUUACGGGUUUUGCUCUCGGAGUCUUCACCAACGGAACCAUCCUGAGCCAGAUUUUCUUGUAUCAGAAGCCUGCUGCAGCAAAGGAAAAGAAAGCCAAUUGAAACUGUAGAAAGAUGUCCUAAAUCAAAUACUGGUGUUGGAGGCACCAAAAAGAGAUUAGUCAAUGUUGCAAUUAUUGUUUUUCUAUUAAUAUCCAUGUUCCUGGAUGUUCAGAUCUUUCCCUGCUACUGCAUAACGGUAUGGUUCAAUUUGAUUCUGAUAUUAAAGUAGCUGUUUGAGGUCUGAUUAAUU